AUGGCGCUUUCAGUUUCACGGGCUAUGUCCAAAGGCAUAGUGAUGACAGUGCCUGUUCUGGAUGAACUUCGUCCCCUUCAGAUUGCAGUGUCGCGCCUUAACCCGCUAUCCCGCCAUCAUUAUCACCACCAUACUCCCUUUGAUCUUCUGCCCAACUGUGCCUCUGCCGAUUCCGUGAGCCCAGCAGAUUCUGUCUACACACUUGAGAUGUGUAUGACCGGCUUAGACAGAGAGAAAGCAUCCGUUUUCUUCAAAGAACAAACAGGUUCAGCUGCCGAGAUGACCGUCAACUCCGGCAUUAGAAAAAUUCUUCCAAAUUCUGAAAUUUGCGACCUUGAUUUUGAACCUUGUGGUUAUUCAAUGAACUCUGUUGAGGGGCCUGUUGUAUCUACAAUUCAUAUUACUCCUUAA